AUGGGUAAAACCCUCACCAAUAUAGAAGUUGUUGGACGGCUUAUCAAGUGGGCGACAGAACUGGGAGAGUAUAAUAUAGCUUAUCAACCUCGAACGGCUAUUAAAGUGCAGGCCUUGGCUGAUUUCCUGACCGAGAUUCAUCAAACUGAUUCGGAAGAAACGUGGAAAGUAUACGUGGAUGGAUCGGCCACACGACAGGGAAGUGGUAUUGGGGUUCUUCUGAUAUCCCCCCCAGAAGACAUCUUGCAGCUAGCCGUGCGGUUAAACUUCAGAGCUACUAAUAAUGAAGCAGAGUAUGAGGCCUUAUUGGUAGGGCUGCAGGCAGCCCGGCAUGUGGGAGCUGCCCGAGUAAUCAUAUACUCGGAUUCUCAAUUAGUAACCCAGCAGGUAGCAGGCAACUUUGGGAUCAAUAGUGACAAGUUGCAAGUAUAUCGAGAAGCUUAUGAGAAAAUGAAAGAAGAAUUCAAGGAGGUCACGGUGAACAAGAUUCCCAGAGCAAAGAAUAGCCGAGCUGACGAGUUAGCCAAAAUGGCUAGUUCUCUAACAACCUGGGUAUUAGAUAAAUCAAUAGCACAUACCUUCCUCAUAGCUCAAAUAGAUCUUCAGAAUAACAGGGGUAUUCUACCGACAAACCCAGAGGAAGCACGGCUGGUCAGGAAAAAGACCCAUGCCUACACCAUGAUAGGAGAUCAAUUAUAUAAGCGGGCAUUUUCCAGGCCUUUACUUAAGUGUUUAAGCAUGGAAGAGGCGGAGCAUGCUUUGCGAGAGACACAUCAGGGGUGUUGCGGCAGUCAUGUUGGAGGUCAUGUUGGAGGUCGAACAUUAGCUCGCAGGGUGCUACUGGCCGGUUAUUUCUGGCCUACCUUACAAAAGGAUGCUCAUCAAUUGGUGAACACUUGCUUAUCCUGCCAGAAAUAUCAGAAUUUGACACAUGUGCCCACCUUAAUGCUAAAUACAUUUAUCGUUUCUUGCCCCUUUGAUCAGUGGGGUAUGGAUAUCGUGGGACCAUUCCCUAUGGCGCUAGAUCAAAAGCAAUUUCUGCUGGUGGCGGUAUACUACUUUUCUAAAUGGGUGGAAGUCGAAGCCCUGGCCAGAAUUACAGAAUGA